AUGGCAUCCACACCAAUCACCGGAAAUAAAGAAGCAACAGGUCGCUCAACCUUCGGUUCUUCCUCUUCCACCCCUCUAAAUACACCGGCAGCACACCACCACAUAACCAAUGCGAAUUUUGUUCCAAAUGCCGCUGCAUACUACACAACAGCCUCAUCCAAUUUAUCAUUAUUCCCCGCCACCUCUUCCUCUACUGCCAUAGUUCCUUCAAUACCCCUGACCCACGCAAAUAGUGCUACUAGUGUGUUUCGUUGUCCUACUCUGUCCGAGUUUCUUCACCAGCUCAACCUCACUCAGUAUCAUGGUCGGUUUGUCGAAGCGGGCGUUGGGGAGAAUGAUGUGGAACAAUUGAUUGGGUUUGAUGAGGCGGAAUUAAAAGAGGUGUUAGAGGCGAUUUUGAUGAAACCAUUUCAUUCUGGCUUGUUUAAAAAAGGGAUAAGGGAAUUAAGGACGAAUAUGAGCAUCAAUAGUCCGAGAGAUGUUAAAGCAUAUAAUAAUGCCAAUAGUUGUUUUUCUCCGCAAUACUCGAUGACUAUGUCACCGCAGCAUCCUUUGUCGCCAUCACCAUCACAUUUGACGGCACCCAUGCAAAUUCAUAAUCAGACGCCAAAGAUCACCCUUCUAACAAGUCCAAUUAGUUCAAUCCAUGAUAGUAAUAAUAGUAUUAAUGACACUAUCAAUAGUAAUAUUCUUAAUAUGCCGGAUAACAAUAAAACUGAAUCUCCGAUUCUAAUUACUGGGACUACUAUUGAAUCUCCAAACGCUAAUAAUUCAAACAUUAACAACAAUAGCGAGAACGGUAACAUUUCUCCUUCAAGUCAUCGAACGUUCAUGAAAAAUCCAACCGUAUCACACGAAGCAAUUGUAAAACACGCAACAAUCUACGGCAAAAACAGCCCGAGACAGCUGACACAAUACGAACAAGCAAUCAAUCGAGCUGCUAUCGACCUCGCUCUUGCCGAUCCAACACUUGUAACGCACAAAGGAUCAUUAUUCGAGAAAGCAAAAGCGAAACUGUUGCUCGAGGGGUACUCGUAUAAACGUGGUGCAUCCCGAUCAAAAUUGAAUCCGAAUGCUCCUAGGCCUGGUCAACGAGCAUCCCGUGAUGUAUUACGUGCAAAACGGAAUGCUAAUGCAGUGAUGACCAGUGAGAAUCGUAAUGCUCGUAUUGCAGAUCUGGAACAGAAACUAGAAGCUAAAGAUAAACAAAAUGAACUUAUGCAGGAGACGAAACGUACUAAAAGUGAAAUGGGAGAUACAGAGGGAGCAGAGAAAGCUCAUUUUGUUAUUAUAGAUUUAGAAAAAGAGCGCGAGGAAAUACUUAAAGAAUUGUCAUCGCUAAAAGGCAAAGAACGUAAGCAUCAAUGGUAUGAAAAGAGGAAAAAAGAACGAAUGGAUUCUGGAUUCGAAGAAGGUCUCGAAGAUAUGAUGCAUAGUGGUGAUGAUCAAAGUGGAGAAAGUAAUAAUAAUCAACAGCAACAAACAUCACCUCCAUCAUCGUCGUCACAUCAAGAACAAUUAAUGGAUGAAGAUUCUACUCAGCUAUCACAAGAAAUGUCACUGAUGAAUGAUACGCGAAAUGCAUAUAUGACCCCGACAUUUAUUACUUCAGACGAUAGAGUUGAGGGAAAUCAAUCAACCGCGAGUGAGUCGGGGCAACAGCCACAUCAGCAGCUACCACAACAGCAAUGUCACCUUUUUUGA